AUGUGUCAGGCAGUCGGUAGAGCACUCGCCUUUGGUGAAAUAUAUUUUUUUGUGACAAAAAACACCUUCCAGUUAAUUUAUUGUCUUUUGCCAAAUAUUAAACUCUUAAUUUCUAAAAAUUUUACAGACAGUAAAGAGGCACUGGACAGAUAUGCCACGAAGGCACAUAAGGCUCUUUCAGACUUAAAGGAGAAGCCGUCGACUCCUCCAGAGAUCUUGUUUGACUUGGUUCAGGCAAGUUCCAAGUCUGGUGAUGGAAAAAGAGACCGAAAGAAAACCAAAAGAUUAGAGGAAAGUAACAUUCAGGAACAAGAGUUCUCGCCAAGAAAGAAAAAGAGGGUUGAAUCACCAGUUGAGUCCAAAGAAAAAGAAAAUGAAGAUAUUAAUAGACAGGUGUCACAGUCCCCUACCGGUAAAUUGGCCGAAAAAGAAAAAGGAAAAACCAAGGCUACAGAAAGCAAGAAGGAUGCCAAAGAACAAGACCCAAUUCAAGCCUCUGUUGAACAGAUAUUGCCAUCACAACCUCAAAACCACACCCAUUUAAUGAGUGACAUUUUGAACCAGUUCAGUGCCCAAGAUACAAGCACUAGCACUGAAACUGCCACUGGCAAUGAAGACUGGCCAUGUACUCAAGCCACCUCAUAUACUGAAUUGUUGGGAGAAAAGCAGUCCCCAAUAAAGCUAACAGAGACAUGGCAGUUAUGUAGAGAUGCAGAUAGACAGAUUCAGUUUCAAGCAACUGUUCCAGACAUUCAACCAGCAUUGGACUUAACUCCAAGUGAAGAUUUCAUGACCUUCCUGCGUCUUAUGGUGAAGCCCGAGGUUCAACAGUAUGCAAAGAUGAUGUUAGAGCAUUUUUCCAAUUUGAAUAGUACGACAACCAAUAGUGAUGUCCAGAAUAGUACGACAACCCAUAGUGAUGUCCAGAAUAGUACAACAACUCUUAAUGAUGUCCAGAAUAGUACGACAACCCUAAGUGAUGUCUGGUCUCCCAAUGUUAACAGGCUAAACAGUUUUACUCAGUCUUAUAACUAUAGUCAGUCAAUGUCAACUUAUACUGGUAACCAUGAUCAGUCAUACCAGAUUGAGUCACAACCAAUUGACCACUCAACCCCAAGUCACUUAGAACAGUUGUGUGUCCAACCUAAACCUGUGACAAUGGAGCGAAGAACAUCACCAAGAAAGAGACCAGUGAAGACACUUUUUGGAGAAAACCUUCAACUCUACGCAGCCAGUUGGUGGCUCUCCACAACAGUGACAGCAGUGUCUCUCAACUUGAGAGUGGAAUAACCAGUCUAGGUCAGCAGUGCCUGAUGUCUGCAAUAGAAGAUAACCAGUCUCACCAUCUACGUCUGCUUCUCCAUCUGUCAGUCAGUGAGGGAAUGUGUGACAUGUACAGGCAAUACUCUAACAGGAAAUGGACU